GCUCGUUCGGCUACCUGCGCUCUGUCAGGGGUGGCGGGGUGUCGGGACGGCGCGGAGGCCCGGCCGCGUGCGGCUCUGGCUUGAGAGCGCAGCGGUCGGCGCAUGGAGGACCCCUCGGGGAGGGAGGCGCCCGCGGCGGCACUGGCCGCCGUCCUGAAGCACAGCUCGGCGCUGCCGCCGGAGAGUGCCCAGGUCCGCGGAUAUGACUUCAACCGCGGCGUGGACUACCACGCGCUGCUGGAGGCCUUCGGCACCACCGGCUUCCAGGCCACCAACUUCGGACGCGCAGUGCAGCAAGUGAACGCCAUGAUCGAGAAGAAGCUGGAGCCACUGUCACAGGAUGAAGAUCAUCAUGCAGACCUGACCCAGAGCUGUCGCCCCCUCACUGGCUGCACCAUUUUCCUGGGCUACACAUCCAACCUCAUCAGCUCAGGCAUCCGUGAGACCAUCCGCUACCUUGUACAGCACAACAUGGUGGAUGUCCUGGUGACUACUGCUGGGGGUGUGGAGGAGGAUCUCAUCAAGUGCCUGGCACCCACAUACCUGGGCGAGUUUAGCCUCAAGGGCAAGGAGCUCCGGGAGAAUGGGAUCAACAGGAUUGGGAACCUAUUGGUGCCCAAUGAUAAUUACUGCAAAUUUGAGGACUGGUUGAUGCCCAUAUUGGACCAGAUGGUGCUGGAGCAGAACACAGAGGGUGUGAAGUGGACACCAUCCAAAAUGAUUGCCCGGCUUGGCAAGGAGAUCAACAAUCCAGAAUCAGUGUAUUACUGGGCCCAGAAGAACCACAUCCCUGUGUUAAGCCCGGCGCUCACGGAUGGCUCGCUGGGCGACAUGAUAUUCUUCCACUCCUAUAAGAAUCCAGGCCUGGUCCUGGACAUCGUUGAGGACCUGAAGCUGAUCAACACACAGGCCAUUUUUGCCAAGCGCUCUGGAAUGAUCAUCCUGGGCGGGGGUCUUGUCAAGCAUCACAUUGCCAAUGCCAACCUCAUGCGGAAUGGGGCUGACUAUUCAGUCUACAUUAACACAGCCCAGGAGUUUGAUGGCUCCGACUCAGGUGCCCGGCCCGAUGAAGCUGUGUCUUGGGGCAAGAUCCGGAUGGACGCACAGCCUGUCAAGGUCUAUGCCGAUGCCUCUCUGGUCUUCCCGCUGCUUGUGGCUGAAACCUUUGCCCAGAAGAUAGAUGCCUUCAUGCCAGAGAAGAACGAGGACUGAGCAGUGAUGCCGCAGGGCGGCCACACCCCACCUCUAUUUAUUAGUUUAAAAAGCCAGCCCUGCCCCUCCCUGGUUGGU